UAUAAUACGCUAAUCAUGCUCACGCAUACAGUUUAUUUCCAGAAUUCUUAAUUACGUUUACAUUUCCUGUCAGAUUAUUUCGUUACAGCCGCGAUGAUUCGUUCGCUUAACUAUAUAGCACGGUAUACACAGUCCUUGUCGCAUGGCUACUUAUCAGUUCGACUAAAUCGUAUUUAUAUUAUGUACACAGAAAAUAUUUUUUCAUUGGGUGGUGCACGCAAAAAAGAAAAAGAAUAUGUUUUUCUCCUCUCCAUUUUUUUAAUUAUAAAAAUCACGGAAGAUCUAUCUAAAAAAAAAAAAAAAAAAAAAAAAACUGUACAUUAAUACGUACUUGCAGCUUUAGCAGCCAUUUCAAUAAUGCCCCGAUUUUAUCGAAAAAUAAAUUCGAUUUAAGUAAUAACCUGAUGAUAAUGUGUUAUAUGGCAAUCUCUGCCCUCCAAUUUUAUAUCUACAUACUCAUUUCUGUGUUGCUUUUUUAUAAAAAAUAUUCAGACUGAUAAUAAUUUUUGUCCGAUUCGUGGUUCGCUGCGUUAGGUUUGAUUCGGUUAGUGGUAGGAAAAAAAGGUUAAGUAGAUAAAUGUACCUGCUCGAUCGUUUCUAGUCGAUUAUUCGUCGAUGUUUAAUCGAAAUUGAAUUUUUAUAAACUCAUUAACAGACUGUGGAUUUUUAUGCAUUUCACUAUAGGAAAUUUAGGACUACAAAAAUGUACAUAAUGCAAAAAUAUACAAAAUAUAGAAAGUACAGUACAUAACAUAAUAUUCAGUGGCUGAAAUAAAUUUUCACUCACAUUCAGAUAAUUUGUCUAAUCAUUCAGGUUUAUGAAAAUACGAAUUUGCAUAAAACUCUAUAGCCUGCUCGUUGCUGUUUUCUUCCCUUUUCGUUGUAACAAUGUAACCAACUUUUUUUCAAAGUCUUUAUUUCGUACAAUAAAUGUAAAUCCAUAUCAGCUGAAAUUUGCACGAGAAUUUCCCCUAUGCAUAUCUGCUUAUCACCGUACAUACAGCUACAAACUGUCCUUUUUUUCUUCGCAAAUAAGUUCGAACUUUUCAUAAAUAAACCAUUUUGUCGUGAUCAUCGUCUCUCUAAAAAGAGAGAUCAGCAUGAUCGUUAAUAUCGUCUCACUAUUACAAUGAGCCAGACACAAGUACGAUCGAUCGGAGUCGAAACGACGGAGUCGAUGAAACGAGAAAUGCGCGACGAUGGUUUUCAGGAGACAAACCGUGGACACAAACGAACGACACGUUAUUAUUAAUUGCCAGCAAACUUGCUGUUGUCGUAUUUCGUUCGGCUCGCGUGCACAAUUCUAUUAGCGGAUAUCGAUUCUUGAAAGCGUUGACUUUUGGCCAUACCGCCGCGCGAACAAUGUUGCUUCGCCUUUGUUCCUUUUCUCUCCUCUUUUCUCAUUCGUUCCGCCGUCUAUCAGUAGCCUAUUGUGAUUUAAGUGCAUUGACGAUGAAACGUUAUGAUCGACGAUUGACAGACAAUCAUGGUAAAUUAACUGUUUGUUUCGUAACGAUAUAUCUUAUUUUCUUCCUUCUUCCUUUUUUUUUUCUUUUUCUUUUCCAACUUCGAUUAACUCGGUUAAUUCAUCGUGGAAGAACGAGGCAUUCAGAAGCCAAAGUAAUUAACUCUAAUUUUUGGAAGUUCGUUAAUUUUGGAACUUCAAUAUUUUGUAUUGAUAUCGAACCUUUUAGAAAUCGGACGAUAUCGUGUGGAAUAUAUCGAGGAAUUAUUUAUUAGGAAAAUUUAUUAUACGUACACGUAAUUUUCGUUUGUAAUGUUAGAACAUUUACAGGUGAAUUUACAGUUCUUCUUGUAUUAGUUUCUGGGGUCUAUAAUAUUGGACGCUUUAACAAUUCUCUAAUACAAGAAGAACUAUCAUUCUUGCAAAUUCGACGAACGUAGACGAUCAGGAGUGAGAGCUCCGUGAAACUUACUCUCUUCGAUCAUUUAUUGAGGCUUGUACAACUCGACGAUUCUUUCGUAAAGGAGUUAACACUUUUGGAACUAUAAUUUUUCCUGUAAAUUCAUUGACUAAAAAAUCGCCAGAGAUCGAGCGAAAGAGGAUCAAGAAACAAACCUUCGUAAAAAUACUACCCUUUUCAAUUUUUCAAUAACCUGCGUUACUCAAUAAUCAUUAUAAAUCAAAAAGUUCAUAGAGAAGGAAGCAUAACUUUUCCAAAGCAAAGUCAGUUCCCCGGAAAAGUGACUAUGAACCAAUCGAGGAAGAGUGGAAAAACAAGAGGAUCAAAAAAUACCACUGUGAAAACCAUCCCCUUUGACCAUAUCGCAGCCCUGUGUUUGCUUGUUCGGUAGCGUUUUCACGAUAACGCAGAGCCGCGUCGAGUUGUUUGCCGUGGCACAACAAUUUCCCGGGUCCAUUAUCGCGCGUAUAAUCGCGAUCGUUCCACGUGUAAUCGCAAUUGUUGCACGUAUGACCGAUCGUCAAUUGGUUCGUUGCUAAGCGAAGCGUCAGGCCUUGGGGCGAACGCGAUGCAAUUACGCAGUAGCCGCGCGCGAUUGUAAGACAUAAGCUGAUCGAAUGGAUGCGCGCGCGUGGUUCGUUGUUUAAGCGAAUAAUCACCAUGGAUUCGACGGAGUUCACAACUCUGGGGAAACAGUUCGAUAUAGCCUGACGUUCUUUGUGGGAUUUAACAGAUUCACCGCCAUUACGGUCGCUGGUGAUUAACAGAUGGAAACUUUCGUGUCUAUAUGUUGAAAUCGUACAAUACGUGAUUAUGAUUUUAUUAUACGCCAGCGAAUAUCGUUUGGAACGGAUAGCCAUUUGUCGAGAACUAGUUAGAAAUAAUAUAAAAAUUUCAUCGAUACGUUUAUUUUACACUGCAAAUAAAGCGAAGAGAGUGUAAUGGAAAAAAAUAUGAAAAACAAUUUCCACAUACUUGCGGCAAUUUUAUUUCAUAUGAUUUUAUUAUACGCUAGCCAAUAUCGUUUGGAACGGAUAGCCAUUUGUCGGGAAUUAAUUAGGAGUAACGCAAAAAUUUCAUUAAUACGUUCAUUUUAAACUACAAACGAAGAGAAACGAAUAUAAACUCGAGAAAUAUAGAAAAACAAUUACUAUACAUCCAGAGCGAUAAUGUUCCCAAAAUUACGACCAUCUGUUUCAUAUUAUAAGUUUACACGGACCACUGUAAACUUUUUCCUCCGUCAGAGUUGUCCGUUCUCUAACGUCAACAGAAACGAUGAAACACGUAAAAUAAUAAGAAAUUCCUAAAUCGAGCCGCUAGUGCAUCCACGAAGAUCAACAAUUUCACCGACUAUUUAACUCGUCUCUACCAAGUUGUCAAGUUAAAAAUCCCAAAUCGUGAAAGUCUAGUCAUCCGUUGCCAAUCGAAGAACAGCUCAGAGCGUAUCCACGGCUUAAGCACACGUGUAUAACGAAGUUCUCUGUUUACGAUGCGAAGUAUCGCGGGGAGUCUCGAUCCAAGAUGGAUCGAACAGCGCUGUUCGUUAAAUCCCCGUACAGAAACUGAUGUCUGUAUCCUCCACCUCGAUAGAAGAAAUACAGAACAUCGCCAGUAUAAAGGCGACCGUGACACAGCAUUUCGCCUAUUUGCAUGGUGUUCUUCAAAAUACAGAGCAACAGAUCAUUGAUGCGUUACAGGAGUAUACAAAUUUGCAGAACAAGAAUAUCAACGAGAUUUUCACGCAGCUGAAGAAGUACGAAGAACGACUUCAAUCUGCCAUUCUGAUAUCGACAUCGGUCAAAAACAACCUCGACCACAUAGACAUUCAGCAGGUGAUAAAAAAAUUGGAACCGAUGGCCAACAUUCCAUGCUAUCUGAUUCAAAACACUGAUAAAAAUAAUAAAAUCGAAUUUGACAUCAACAAUAACGUCAUUAAGACCAUAGAAGAACACUGCUGCGUGUACAUACCGAAAACGCCAAUUUACAGUCUGCAACAAAAGGAUUUGCUACCAAAGGAUUACGAGAUAGAACCAUUGGUCGAAGAGAUUGUUACUUCGCUAGAAAAUGAGGAAACAUCCCCGAAGACUAAACCUAACAUCAUAACGGACGAUAGUCUUACUAGUAUUGGAUCCUCGGAGAUGGUCAACGUCACCCACAUCGUGGACCCCUCUUGCUUUUACGUUCAGGUAGUACAAAAUCAACAGAAAAUAUCGGAUCUUAGCAAAGGACUGGCUACACUGGCAACUACUACAGGAGUAAUACCAACGGAAGUAACUUUAAAUGCGCUGUACAUCGCGCAGUGCUCUAAACACAAUGUUUGGUACCGUGCACGUGUCAUAGAGAAGAAAACGGAUAUGAACAAUGACGAAAGAUAUAGCCUGUUCUUUAUUGAUUAUGGCAUGAAAGAGGAAAAUGUGCCUUUGAAUAGAAUAAGAAAUAUCAUACCACAAUAUGCAAUGUUACCGGUGAUGGCCCUUAGGUGCACUUUGUUCGAUAUUGUUCCUAAUAAUGGUAAAUGGCAUCCCGAUGCCACUCGAGUUUUUAAAAAACUAGUUUGCACAAAUUCUGUAGUAUCGAUGUGCAUCAAGAUGAUAACCGGUGAUACCUAUUACGUCGAUCUGUGCGUGAUAUCAUCAAAAGACUCGGGUUUAAUAUCUGUGAAAGACUCCUUAACGUAUAUGAAAUACGGCACUUGCAUUUCGCCAAACACAUUAAUGAGAAUGAAUCCUGACUCAACAAGGAAGUAUUUUAAGGAAAUGUUAGACCUAGAAACCUACUCGGAUGUUCAAAUCCUAUUCGUCGAAUCUCCUAGUUGUAUAUAUGUUCAAAGGACACACGCAAAUAGAUAUACCUUUCACAAAAUGCAACAAGAAAUGAUGAAUGAUUACGAAAAAAAUAUAUCUGCCACUGAUUAUAUUAUCUUUGCACCUUGUAAAGAUUUACCGUGUGCUGCACGAGGAGUCGAUGGAUAUUGGCACAGAGGGCUCAUACGCGAAGUUACCGAGAACACUAUAAAAGUUUUCUACGUGGACUUAGGAUAUACAUUGAUAUUAAGUUACGAUGCCAUCAGAGCUCUUCCAAGAAAAUACAUGUCCUGCAGAACACAAGCUGUAAGAAUUUCAUUAAGAAAUAUAAAGCCACGAUUUAACAAUAAAAACCAAUGGGAGCCGGAAACUAAGGAAUUCAUAAAGAAAUUUCUAAUGGAUAUGAAGUCAAAUUUCAAAGUUAUCCCUUAUAAUCAAUUCGGAGAUACAUACAACGUUGCCAUGUUUACACAUGAUGACAGUAUUAAUGUCGCUGACUUACUAGUACAAAAGUGCCUAGCAACAUACAUCAUUUCUAGCCCGCACAAUACAACAAUGGCUACAUUCGAUUUAAAAACGAAAAAAAGGAAGGAUGUUAGUUAUUUAGAAUUAUCUGAUCAAUAUUACAAUAAUCCAAUAAACGAAAACAUGAAGAAAGUCAUAGAAGAAAAUGAAGAUCCUUUCAAAAUAAAAGUUCAAAUACACCAAGUGCAGUCUCCAGACAACAUUUACGUUUCUGACGCCGCGUGCGAUCAGAGCGACGUGGAACUAAUGAUAAAACAGAUGCAAGAAUUUUAUAGCAAGUAUCGUCCCGAAAAACGAGAUACUUGGACCAAGGGUGCUACUUGUGCAGUUUAUUUUACAAGAAAUGGCAUGUAUUAUCGUGGCCGAAUCGUUGAUAUUAAAUCAAACGAUACAGUAGUCGCAUUUUUAUAUGACAUAGGAGUCGAAGAAACUGUAUCGACAAAUGAGAUACAACCGUUGUAUCCCCUGUUCUCUAAGAUAUCAACGUACGUUUUUAAGAUAAAGCUAACGGGUAUAUUGCCCUGCGGAGGAUCCACCACGUGGCCAUCGUUGUCUUGUGAGAAAUUGCGCGAAAUCAUAGAUAACAAUCAGACUUCCAAAUUCUACAUAUCUAAAUUGGAAGACGAAGAUAUGGAAGAUUCUGCAAUACCGGUUGAAUUAUGGAUUAAAGAAGUAAAAAUGGACGGGCCAUUGGCACCAACAAGAUAUGAAAUUAAUUCUAUCAAUAGAAUGUUGGUUGAAAAAGGAGUAGCAUUACCCGUGAAGGAGUAUGCGAAAAAAAGAGAUAAAAUUUUAGCAAUUGAAUUGAAACGACAAUUAAUGAAGAAAUUUGAAAGAUUAACGAAAUAUGAAUCAAGCGUGAAGUGGCUUGAAAUUAAUAAUUGCUCCAAUGAGCCCACGGAGAUAACAGCUACUACAGCGACAUCGAAGCCAAUAUUGUAUCAUUUAACUUCUGAUUUCAAUAAUCAAAUUUAUGAGAACAUGGAAGAAAUACUUGGUAACGUUCCGAAACUUUUAUCGUCAGCUUGGUUACCAGUAGAACCAAUAAAUGAAGAUACAUUUAUUGCUAUACCGACAUACUUAGAUCAUAGCGGCUUUCUUUAUCUUCAUUCCAAAACGGGUAGUAGUAAAAUAUUAGAAUAUAUAGAAAUGAAAUUAGAAAAAAUAUACAGUAAUCGUUCAAUUGAACUUUAUGAUACUGUAUGGGCUGUGGGAGAUCCAUGUAUUGCACAGUAUCAUUUAAAUAAAAAAUGGUACCGAGGAAAAGUAGUGGGGAUUCAAGGAAACGACAUAAUUAAUGUAGAAUUUGUAGACUAUGGAAACAUAGAGCAAUGUACAACUGAAGAUUUAAAGAAAGAAGUUAUCUUAGAAGAUAUUCCAAUUCAAUGCACAAAAUGUUUGAUCGAAGGUUUAAAUCCGGGGACUGAGAGUGGAAUGUGGGCAACAGAAGAUUUAGAUAGAAUACAUAAGCUUCUCAUUGAACAGGAAUGCGAAGUCACAAUCACUUAUAGAAGUGAAAAUUACCUCAAUAUUUCUUUAAAGAUCUUACCAAACAAAUACUGCAAAAAGAAAACUGAUUUAAUCACAUUUCUUAUCAAUGAAUUGGAAAUGAACAUUAAACCUAAUAUUGAGGCCAUUACAUCUCAAAAUAGAGUAACUACAAAUGUUACUACAGAUGUUACUUCAGAUGUAGUUAUAGAAAACCCGAGAUCAUUUUCUUUAGGCGAUGACGUGAUAAAAGAUCCAGUUAUUACUGGAAAUUCUGUGUUGCUUCCAGAUAAUGAUACAGAUAUUGUACAUAAUAUUGACAAUGAUACUGUAACUGACGUUGAAAAUGUAUCAUGGUUUAAAUUAGAGACAACAAUUACUUCAACUCCUAAUAUUGCUUCACAAGAAGAUCUUUCAAUGCAUUAUAAACUUAUAAAUAUACCAAACGACAUAGACUAUAUUGAGAUAGAAAUGUGUUGCUGUAUUACUCCUACUAUCUUCUAUGCUCAAUUAAAAGAAAAUAUUCAUUGUACGAUUUUAAAUGCAUAUUAUACACAGUAUGAACUUUUAAUGAAUGACUUGCAAGAAAAUGCGGACAAACAACCAUUGAUUACAAAGUUUACUGUUAAUACUCCAUGCUGCGCGAAAUUCAAUGAUAAUCUUUGGUAUCGAUGUCUAAUAACGGAAUCUGAACCUAUUAUAAAUUCAGAUAAUAUUGAAAUUAAACUGCUUUAUGUAGAUUACGGUAACGACGAAUAUAGAAAAGUAAAUUCACAACAGUGUGAAUUGUACACUUUAAAAAAAGAAUGGAUGGAGAUACCUACUAUUGCAAUGAAAUGUAAAUUGUGGAAUGUAGAAGUUGUUUCUAUAUUCGAUCAUGAUAAGCUACUCUCUCAAUUAGAAAAAAUGUACAAUAAACGUGUUAUAGCUAAAAUUAAAGAAACUGAUGAAGAGUUUAUGAGCGUUGAACUGUAUGAAGACGAAAAAUGUGGGAAAGUUAUGUACAAUACUUUAAUUGAAGAAGGUUUAUUCGAAGUUAGAUCAAAAAAGAUCGACGAUCUACAUUAUCCUUAAAUAGUAACACAUAUUUAUUUCUAUCAUUUACAACGAUAAGUUGGUAUAAAAUUAUUAAAUUCCAGAAUGAGAUUUUAUGUUAAAAACUUAUUAACCAUACGAACUAAGUUUAUAUGUUAAACUAUUACAGUUUUUAGGCAAAUUUAGAUGUUUAUUGUUAUAAAAGGAAAAAGUUACUAGAAGUAUAUUAACGUUGAGCACUUUUAGCAAUCUGUUCUUUAAGUAAUAAAAUACUUUGCCUUUGUUCAGGUGGUAACAUAGCGAUUUGUUCAUCAGAUAAU